AUGAUUAUAAAAGAUGAGGGUUUUAGCAAUGAUGUGAUCGGAAGGUCGGCUUUCGGAAGGAAGUUGAGCGAUUCAGAAAAUGGGAAGAAAUUCUUGGAUGGCAUGGCGGAUUUGGUGGAGCUUUUAGGGUUGAUCAAUAUAGGAGAUUUUAUACCGUGGCUUGGUUGGACUGGACGUCUUAAUGGUAUUGAUAAGAGACUUGAUGACACUGCUGAAAGGAUUGAUCAAGUUAUUGAGAGUGUGAUUCAAGAAUGGCUGCAUGAGAAGGGUUUCAACAAAGAAAGUGGACAACAUUUUUUGGAUAUUUUGCUCGAUAUCUCUAAUUCUAUUGAUCGGGAUAGUCUCAAAGCGAUAAUUUUGGAUGUAUUCGUCGGUGGAACUGAUACAAUAUCCACAGCUAUGGAAUGGACAAUGACAGAACUCUUACGAAACCCCAAAGUUAUGAAAAAGUUGCAGCACGAAGUAAGAGGUAUACUCAAGCAUAAACAAGAGAUAACAAAUGAUGAUCUACAAAAAAUGCAUUACUUGAAGGUUGUGAUCAAGGAAGCUAUGCGUUUGCAUCCGCCACUCCCACUGCUUGUGCCUAGGCUUGCAAGCAAAGAUGUACAAGUGAAAGGUUUCGACAUUUCUGCAGGAACAAUCGUUAUGAUCAACGCGUGGGCUAUAGGAAGGGACCUCGUCUCAUGGGACGAACCAGAAACGUUUAUGCCUGAGAGAUUCUUGAAUUCUUCUAUAGACUUUAAGGGCCUGGAUUUCGAGCUGAUUCCGUUUGGGGGUGGACGAAGAGGCUGCCCUGGGAUCACAUUGGCUUCUGCUGGGAUGGAGCUUCUUUUAGCUAAUUUGGUUUGGAAAUUCGACUGGAAAUUGGCUAAUGGUGUUGAACCGAAAGAUUUGGACAUGAGUGAGAGUCCCGGGAUGACAGUCCAUAGAGUUGUUCCACUUGUCGCACUUGCCUCCCCCACUACAUGAUUUGGAACACUAUAGUAUAUCAUUGGCGGUUGUUGCAAUGAGGUUUCAAUCAAUACAAGCAUAUAUAUGUAGAUUGUCAGAGGGCAUGCAAUGUUUGUAAGUUACAGAAUAAAAUUAGUACUAUUGACGUGUGUUUCUCUU